AUGUCCCAAGCCUAUCAGCCAGUGGCCUCCGAGCCUCCAAAUGAACCACCUUCCUAUGACACUCCCAGGGAGGCUGGUGACAACAUUCCCGAUGACUUCAAGUACUCAGUUGACGUUGCUUCCUGUGAGCUUCCCAUCAGACAGAUGUUCAUCAGGAAGGUGUACUCGUUGCUUACAGCACAGAUUCUUGCCACUGUGGUGGUGGGUCUCUUUAUCAGAUCCAAUGGAACCGUCCAGGCCUGGUGUCUUGAGAAUACCUGGUUGUUGAUUGUGUCCUUCGUGGGUGCCAUUGGAACGCUUAUUGGUGCUCACAUCAAGGCCCGCUCUUACCCAUCCAAUCUCAUCUUCUUAGGAGCUUUCACGAUCUUUGAAGCAUACGGCAUCGGAUUGAGCUGUUCCUUGGUGGAAAGCGGUGUGGUGGUGCAGGCACUUAUGCUCACGCUUCUUAUCUUCAUUGGUCUUACCGCCUUCGCCUUCCAAACGAAGUACGACUUCACCAGUUGGCAGGGAGUUUUGGGCAUGUCGCUCUGGGGUCUCAUUGCCUGGUCGUUUAUUCUGUUCUUUUUCCCUGGCCAGUCCAAGUUCGUUGAAUUGGUCUACUCCGGCAUUGGGGCCUUGAUCUUCAGCGCAUACAUCGUCGUGGAUACCCAAAUAAUAAUGAAGACUGCCCACUUGGAUGAUGAGAUUAUCGCAACCAUCAGUCUUUACUUGGAUAUUGUGAAUUUGUUCCUCUUCAUCUUGAGGAUUUUACAGAGCAGAGAGGAUUGA